AUGUGGUUCUACCAACGCAACCCGCUAUGGGAAUGGCUGCGAAGGGCCGUGCAGAGGCCCGCUGACGUGUUCAUGUGGCUAUUCACGGGGAUCAUCGUCGGAUCCACGGUGUACUUGAUUUUGGGGCUCCCAGGGCCCCCUACAACCGGGCGCGACCGUCCCCGGAGGGGUAGAGGGCAGUGA